AUGGUGUGCGCGAUCGGGAAACCGGUGACGUUCACCGUGCGGGCGGCGCGACACGCGCGGAAGAAGGCGACGAAGGGACAUAACGAUACGCGACCGAAGAAAUCAUCCCCGUCGCAGCGGAAGCGUCAAGGGAGCACGGAGUACGCGGUCGUGGACCCGGCGAGCGCGCCGGCGGUGAUGACGAUCGUGUCCAAGUGA